GAUCUUUUUGAUGAUUUCAUAUAUUCAAAUGGACUCAUGAGACAAGAUUUGAUUGGCUCCUGGCUCCAUCAGUUUGCAUAUUAGAUGUGUCUUUCUACCUUUUUCUUACCACCUCUGUGUUGUUUUUCCUCCUAAGCCAGUAAUUACCUACCCUGGUCCUGGAGAUCUGUCUUUCUGCAGAGGCUAGAACUGCAAACUGCCACACCUACUUAAACUAAUGAACUUCUGGGUUGGAUCAGAAGCAUCAGUGUUAAUAUCAUCACUGUCACAACCAAACCUCACAUCUCCAAAAUGGUAGAUUUGUUCCCCCCAAGUAAUAUUAGACCAUUUCUAUUGGUCAUUUUGAAAGCCAGUUGGCAUUUUCAAAUUCUGUAAACACUAAAAACAACAGAAAUGUAGAUACAAGCUUUUGCUCUGAAAGGCAUGACAUAUAUCAGUGUACCUGCCAUGCUGUAUCUGCUUUAUUGGGCUGUCUGUGUUCUGAUUCCUGCCGUCCAGGUGUUCUGAUACUGAUUCUUGGAUUAGCUCUGAUAAAAGCCCUCAGCAUGUGCAGGUCCACAUUUGAACAGAUCACAGUGUGUUUACAGGGUUUUUUAGUUCAAGUUCAAGAAUUGCUGAAAUGCUGACUUCUACAGGGGUUUGUAAAGGUUGACGUUGUAAUUGAAGUUUAUGUGACAGAUCUGUGCUCUAAUUCUUUCAUGUCAGCUUGCUCAUCUUUAAUGGUUGAUUUCUUUGUUUAUGCAGUCAAAGCCAAGCCAUCAACAAAAAAGCCAGCAAAGCCUAAAGCAGCAAAAACCAAACAACCAGCAAAAAAGACAACAAAGGCUAAAACAGGACUUGGAGGAGAGACGUCCACAAUGGGAACGAAGGCAAAGGGAACGAAGGCAAAGCAAGGGAAAGUGGUGUCAGACAAGAAAAGAACGGCUAAUCCAGUGGCGAGUGAGCCACCAAAAAAGAGGAGAAAGACUCAGUCAGUGGGGGAGAAGUAUCAGACGGCCCCGACUCCAGGAAAAAUGGCUAAUUCCAACAUCCCACAUGCAAUUGUACAACCUGUGACUGUUAUGCCUAUAGUUGUUCCUGCACAUGAUGCAAGAAAUGUUCCAGAUUACUCAAAUAGUACCAAUCCUAUGAAUGCAGCUCCUCAUUCCAGCCAUGGACUGACCUCUAACUCAGCAGCCUCUGCUCCAACCCGCAACAGUACUACAAAAAGAGCUGACGAUCUGGAUCAAGAUGAGAAUUACCAGUUUUUGAGGAACAACCGCAGUGCGCUAAUUGAUCGUGUAAAAAAUGUCAUCAGAAUUGUUGAUGACCUUGAAUCAUCUGGUGAAGAGGUGGCACUUGUGCGAGCAGAGCCGACAGAUCAGGCAAGGAUGAGGAAAGUUCUGGAGUUCACAAACAGCAAGAAAGCUGCUGAGCUUUUGGUGAAGGCCUUGUGGGAACAUGCACCUGACAUUAUGGAAGACCUGACCAGUGCAGCUUAGACUGACUCUCCUCCUGGAUGAUAAAACAAGCAAUUAUCACUGCAUUAAAAUACAAUUUUAUACAGAAUAUUUUCUUUAGGGGAUGCUUGGAAUGGAAUCAUCUAACACACAGAUGGAAAUUGUAAGAUUUUAUAUUAAGGAGCACAUAUUGGGGUUUAUUUGUUCACUUGUUGUUUACCUGUUUUUUGUUCAGUAAAGCCCAAAUUAGUCACUUUUAAAUGGUUUAUUCACACACUUAAAAA